GAUUGGUCUCCGUGGCGGCGGGGGCGGGCGCCCGCGCGCGUAAGAAGGGCGGGGACCCGGAUGUGUGUGGUGGCGGCGACCGAAGAGCUCGUGUGCGUAGCUGAGAGGCCUAUGGAUGAGGAGGACGCGGCGGCCCCGGUUUGUUCUCAUGAACAAGAUGGAUGACCUCAACCUGCACUACCGGUUUCUAAAUUGGCGCCGUCGGAUCCGGGAGAUUCGGGAGGUUCGGGCUUUCCGGUAUCAGGAGAGGUUCAAGCACAUUCUUGUCGACGGAGACACUCUGAGUUACCAUGGCAACUCUGGUGAAGUUGGCUGCUAUGUGGCAUCCCGGCCCCUGACGAAGGACAGCAAUUAUUUUGAGGUGUCCAUUGUGGACAGUGGGGUCCGGGGCACCAUCGCCGUGGGGCUGGUCCCUCAGUACUACAGCUUGGAUCACCAGCCGGGCUGGCUGCCGGACUCGGUGGCCUACCACGCCGAUGACGGCAAGCUGUACAAUGGUCGAGCCAAGGGCCGCCAGUUUGGGUCAAAGUGCAACUCGGGAGACAGGAUUGGUUGCGGCAUUGAGCCCGUGUCCUUUGACGUGCAGACGGCCCAGAUCUUCUUCACCAAGAACGGGAAGCGGGUGGGCUCCACCAUCAUGCCCAUGUCCCCGGACGGGCUGUUCCCAGCCGUGGGGAUGCACUCCCUGGGCGAGGAGGUUCGCCUGCACCUCAACGCCGAGCUGGGCCGGGAGGACGACAGCGUCAUGAUGGUGGACAGCUACGAGGACGAGUGGGGCCGGCUGCAUGAUGUCCGGGUCUGUGGAACUCUGCUGGAGUACCUGGGCAAGGGCAAGAGCAUCGUCGACGUUGGGCUGGCCCAGGCCCGGCACCCGCUAAGCACCCGGAGCCACUACUUCGAGGUGGAGAUCGUGGACCCUGGGGAGAAAUGCUACAUUGCCUUGGGGCUGGCGCGGAAGGACUACCCCAAGAACAGGCACCCUGGCUGGAGCAGAGGGUCUGUGGCGUAUCACGCAGAUGACGGGAAGAUCUUCCACGGCAGCGGCGUCGGGGACCCCUUUGGGCCACGCUGCUACAAGGGGGACAUUAUGGGCUGUGGCAUCAUGUUCCCCCGAGACUACAUCCUCGACAGUGAGGGCGACAGUGAUGACAGCUGUGACACCGUGAUCCUGUCUCCGACUGCCCGGGCCGUCCGGAAUGUCCGCAAUGUCAUGUACCUGCACCAGGAAGGGGAAGAGGAGGAGGAGGAGGAGGAGGAAGAUGGGGAAGAGAUUGAGCAGGAGCACGAGGGCAAGAAGGUGGUGGUUUUCUUCACCAGGAACGGCAAGAUCAUUGGGAAGAAGGACGUGGUCGUCCCUUCCGGGGGCUUCUUCCCCACCAUCGGGAUGCUGAGCUGUGGAGAGAAGGUCAAGGUGGACCUGCACCCCCUGAGUGGCUAGGGGCAGGGCCAGGCACCCAGCUCCAGACCCCCCCAGGAGUGGGGCGCCCAGCCCGCGGGCCCCGGGGUGGCCGGUCCGGCCCCCGAGUGUCCGGCCGGGUGCUGCCCUCCGGCAGUGCCGGGCCGGACAGGAUCAGGGCCAAAGAAUGCUUGCUCGCUUGGGGGGUCCCACUGGCUCGGCCUGGGGCCUCCUGCCCCCUCCCCCGCCCCCCGCCCCCGGAGUGGAGAGGAGUGCGCCCCUGUCUCGGCUGCUAUUCGGGCCUGAGGCCCAGAGGGAGGAGCGGACACUCCUGGCUGGUCCCCGCUGCGGCUCCCCGCGCUCUGCGUCCCCCGGUAGCUGCUGGCAGCCCCCUUGGCUGGGCUGGGGGGCUCGGGGCCCUGCCUCUCGUGACUGUCGUUCAGGGAGACCCCGCUAGGUUCCUGCUCUCCCCUCCCUCCCCAGACACUCGGGUCCUCGAGUCCCCUAGGGAAGCGAGUCUCCGGAGAGCUGGGAGGGCCCCAGGGCCUUGGCGCCUGCCUCCCCCCGACAAGCAGCCCAGACCCCGGUGCCCGUCUCUCCUGCUGUGAGGUGCCCCUCCCCUCGGCACCCCCUUCCUCCCCCCAGUUUACUGCCUGUGCCAGUUGCCUGUGUUGCCUCAGUGUUUGAUUCUAGGAGUUCCCCGUGUUCCCCCUUCUCCCCCUUUGGCCCCCGACCCCCCCUCGUACAGUGACUCCCCCCGGGAGGAAGGGGCGUGGGCGCGUUGGCCGCGGUUUGCACAGAGUGGGCGGUGCUGGGCAGGGAGGGUUGCCCCGAGGCCCGCCCUCCAGGCCUGCACUAUGAUGUAAGAAAUGUAUGUACAGACCAGAGAUGUUUAUACCGCCAAUAAAGACGGAGUUUCCGUAUUUAUCAGUA